GUCAAGUUCAACCAUCAACCUUGGAAGAAACUCCGACCUCGAAACACAACACCGAAUAGAAGACGAACUCGAAAUACUAUUGACCAAGAGGAUAUAUCCAGAUCCGAAACACGAAGAAAUCAGCAAGAACAAACCUCGAAAGCCAAUUAAGAAAAUCUUCCGAAGAAACAAAAGAAACAUGUCAUUACCACCAUUUCAAAGAAUCACAUUCGAACCAACCGAAUUAAAUUUCAUCACACUUUUAACUGAAAAAAUUCAAUUUAUACCAAAUGUAAAAUUACCGAAAUUUAGAUCAAUCAAUUCAAAUUUCUUAGGUCCAUUUGAACCAUUAAAAAUUAUAGAAAUUCCAUUUUGGAUUUCAAUUGAAUUCAAAAAGAAAUUUAAAGGAAAGAUCAUUUGUCCUGAUUGGUUAUUGAUAAGUGAAUUAAAAGAGACAUUAAAUUCUGAACUCUCAACCGUUCGCUUUUCAGAAUUACCAUUUCAUUGGUUGGAGAUGAGUAAAAUAUUGAUUGACAUUGCACCAGAUGAUAUACCAUCAUUACCCGAAGUACGAUCAAUGUUAAAAGCAAUAAGAGAAGUACGUCAAACGAAAUUAAGAAAUGGUUUAUCAGGAUUGGAUGGAAUACAUUUAGAAACUCCAAACUUAUCUGCUCUAGAGUUAAAUGAAUUACGUUCAGUCUUUAAUAAAUCGAAUUUAAAUCUAUUUCAACUUCAUCCUCAAUAUGAUUCAUAUUCUCAAUAUGAUUCAUCUCAAACUCAACUCGAUCUUAAUUUCAAUCAUCAUGAUAACCGUGAUCUAACUCCUAUGGAUCUUUCUCAAUCUACUAUGAAUCAUUCUAGUCAUUUUCCAUCUACUGAUACUGCUGAUCUCACUGAUUCAUUCGUAUGAUUGAAACUUAUUCUAUUCUUUUCAAUUUGAUCAUUCACUUUCCAUUCUGAAAUCAUUUCGCGCAGUUGAAAUCAAGUUAAGAUUUUCUCAGACUGGAGUCUUAUUUAUCUAACAGUUUCACAAAUAUCAAUGUAUUUCUUUGAAACCAUCUUGUAGAUUAACAUACACAUUUGGUCAAUUUACCCUUGCAAUACUGAGAAGGUCUUAUUGU